GAGAAGCGUUCGAAGGACGAAGGAAGCCCGACACUCAUCAUCAUCAUCAUCAUCAUCAUCCACCAUGUCAGCAGCGAGAGCACGAGCAAGUCUGCAGCGUCUCAAUAUGAACCACUACGCCACAAAGAAGACGGUGGCUGAAAGCAUGCUGGAUGUGGCUCUACUCAUGGCCAACGCUUCUCAGCUGAAAGCCGUGCUGGAACAAGGGCCCGAGUUUAAGUACUACCUGACCGCCAUCGUGCUCAUCGCAUUCUCGCUCUUCUUCCAAGUGCUCGCUGGGGUUUUCUUCAUUCUCAUGGCACGUAAAGAUCUCAAUAUCGUUGCCAAUCAAAAAAAGCUGGAUGUCAUGAAUAACAUAGCGACUGCACUUGUGUUCCUCACCGUCAUCAUCAACAUCUUCAUCACUGCGUUCGGUGUGCAGAAGACCGGCCUCUACCCUAAACAGUGAGCUUUAAUGGAAGAUUACAGAUCGGAAACCUGGUGUUACAGGACGUCCAUCAUCGGUGAAGCCUGGAAGCCUGAACGUGACAAUAAUAAUAAUAAUAAUAAUAAUAAUAAUAACAAACACUUUAUGCUUUGUUCAGUAUUGCUUACCUUUACCAUCGAUAAUGAUUUAUAAGGUAUUUAAUAUGUGAUAAAUAAUCCAGCUUUGACGUUUGUUUGAAGAUGUCAGUUGAAACGUUUGAAUUUUCAUCGAUUUAUUUAUUAAUUUAUUCUCAACUACAAAGCAAAAGCUGUGGCUGAAACUCAUUUUGCUCUGGAUCUUGCCAGUAAUCUUUGUUUAAACAUUCCAGCUCUGAACUCUAUUCCGGAAAGUGUUUCACUGAUUCAGGUUUAGUGUCAUA